AUGAAUCUGAGCAAACGACUAGCUCAAAAGGCUGUCAAAGGUUGGAUUCACGGAAUUCGUACUUUUCAUCAGUUCGAUCCUUUGGCAGUGAAUCGCAUCAGUUGCCGUAAAACAUCCAGUAGCUCAGACUCAAAAACAUUCGCACUUUAACACGUUCUUCCGCGGUUUCUUCCUCUUCUCAUGCUUGCAAAACCAGGCUUUUCUUA